AUACUCAACUCAACUUUAUUUAUAUAGCACAUUCCAACAACAGCAGUUGACACAAGGUGCUGAACACAAAAGAAAAAAAGAAAACAGACACUACAACACGUUAAAACACAAGAUUAAAUAUAGGGAGAUAAAAACAUUAAAGACAGUAAAGAUACAGAAUAAAACAUGGAGUAAAAAGGCAUCGAUCCUCAGGUUCACAUGAGCAUCUUCAUCACACCAUCUUUAUAUCUAGUCACAGCACUGAGCUUCACAUCUGGUUCUCCCAGUCUCAUAACAGAGAAUUUUUGACACUGCUCUGAAAGAUGCAGACAGCAAUCAUCUGUUUGUUUUCUCCGACUCGGAUGAAUGAGGUCAAUGCAUGCUCAUAAAAGUUUUACAAGCAAAAACAGACAAGGAUCCAGGUUGUCCUAGAGCGGAGUGUCCUCUCUGUUUGGACUGGCUGACAGCCACUCAGGUGAGCAGGGUUCCCACCUCCUGCAGCAGUUCCAGCUCCCAGUGAGGGGAAAGGUCAAGUAAACUGCUGCUGGCGUGAGUCCAGAGGAGGCAGGAACACACCUGGCUCGUGUGGUACGAGCCAGUUUGUCCUGAGACGGAGAACAAACCCAACCUGGACGCAAGAGCGUGUCUCGGAGAGAUAACAGCACCAGAGAGACUGGAAAGGACAACAGCAUGAAAACGCUUUUACUUCUGGCUGUCAUUUCUACAGCAUGUCGGGCACAGAUGGACUGCUCUCUUGGGGCGUGUUACCCCCCCAGCCAGGACUUGCUGCUGGGCCGGGUUCAGCAGCUGCAAGCCUCCUCAACCUGUGGUCUCACCGAGUCUGAGGUCUUCUGCACCCUGUACCAGCAGAGGAGGAUCAAGUGCUGCCCCUGUGACUCCAGGAACCCCAAUAGUCAGUUAGCCCACACAGUCCAGGAUGUCCUGUCAACUUCUGGACCAGAGAGGUGGUGGCAGUCCAAGAAAGGAGUGACUCCAGUUAGCCUUCAGCUGGACCUCAACAGUCUGUUCCAGCUGGAAAGCCUGGUGCUGAGCUUUAAGGGUCCUCGUCCCGGAGCUCUGGUCAUCGAGAAGACUCUGGAUCACGGCCUGACAUGGCAACCGGCUCUGUACUUAGCAACAGACUGUCAGAGAUCAUUUCCCAGCAUUCCCACGUCGUCUCCUCUCACGCUGGAGGACACAUACUGCCAUCCGCUGAAGUCCAACGGACCCAACCCGAACCAGGAGCAGACUAUUGACUUCAGCCCUCUGCGUCAGUACAUGUUUGUUCCAGCCUCCCACAGUCAGAAGGUUGAAGCUGUGUCGGGGUUAACGGGGCUCAGGGUGAAGCUGACCGAGCUGGGUGAUGUGCCUCAGCUGCCAGGAAGGGGUCUGAGCCAGUUUUACGCCCUCAAGGAGAUGAGAGUGAUUGGCAGCUGCAUGUGUCAUGGACACGCCAACCGCUGUGUGCCGCAGGACAGCAGCGUACCGGUGAGUCCUCAGUGCGACUGCCAGCACAACACGGCGGGUCUGAACUGUGAACGCUGCGCUGACCUCUACAACGACCUGCCCUGGAGGGCUGCUGAGGACGGAAACACGCAAACCUGCAAACGGUGUGAGUGCAACAACCAUGCGCAGAGUUGCCACUUUGACUGGGCCCUGUUCGAGUCCAGCGGGCGGCGCAGUGGAGGAGUGUGUGACAACUGCAUGCACCACACCACCGGGCCACAGUGUGACCGCUGCGCCCCGGGGUACCAGCCGAACCCCCGCAGCCGGAUGGACCGUCCUGACGCAUGCAUACGCUGUUCCUGCAGCUCUGAUGGGACAGUGGAUGGGGGUCGAUGUGAGGACAGCCCCGACUCCUGCCGCUGCAAAGAGAAGGUGGAGGGCCCCCGCUGUGAUCGCUGCAAAACAGGGUUCUACGGAUUGAGUGCGUCCAAUCCUGCAGGCUGCAGCCCGUGUUCCUGUUCUCCAGAUGGCUCCAUGUCAGACGUGUGUGAACCCGUGACCGGUCAGUGUCCCUGCCAGCCCCACUUCCAGGGUAGAACGUGUGACCGGUGCUCCAGUGGGUAUUGGAAGCCGGCCCUGUCAAAACGCUGCGAGCCCUGCAGCUGCGACCCCACCAGCUCAACCAGUGAUGCCUGUGACCAGCUGACUGGUCAGUGUUGGUGCCGGCCCGGCUUUGGAGGUCGAACGUGCUCGGAGUGUCCAGAUGGCUCCUAUGGAGACCCUCUGACAGGCUGCCAGCGGUGUCAGUGUGACGCUGAGGGUUCCCUUCCUGGAGGCUGUGACAAGCAGACGGGCGCCUGUCGAUGUCAGCCUGGUGUCACCGGCGCUCGCUGUGACUCCUGCAGUCGAGGAUACUGCAACGCUUUCCCAUCCUGCAAACAGUGUCCCUCCUGCUUCUUCUACCUGGACAGGCAACUAAGAACCACGAGCCUGGCACUGGAGAGAAUCUCCAAAAGCCUCAUCUCCCGUCCUGGAGAAGGUGCUCCUCUGGACCCUCUUAUUCAGGCCCUGGAGGACCAGCUGAAUCAAAUAAGGAGCGCUGUCUCUUUUCCACCUGAAAGUGUUUCAGAAGUCAAAGAUGCUCUGUCUCAGUUAGAGGAGCUCAGGAAGCAGUUGGAGCAGGCUAAUGGAAAUCUUCCUUCCUUCGAGAAAACUCCUGGUUUGGCGUCAGAGUUGGCCAAACUUCAGGAUGUCUUCAACCAACUGACUCUGAUCUACAAGGCAAAAAAAGCAGUCUUAGAGAACUCCAUCAGCUCUGAGAACACGGGAGCAUUGGAUGCCAUCAGGAAGUCUUACGACGAGUCCAACGAGGCAGCAGAGAGGGUGAACAGCACCAGGACCACGCUGCAGGAGGCGGUCGCCGUCAGACAGGAAACCAAAGACCUACAGGGUCAAGUUCAGCCUACCAACACCAGAGAUCUGAGCAAACUCAACCACAGCAUGGCUUCACAGCCAAACCUCACUCCCAUUGCCAAACAGGCUUGUGGCAGUUCUCGAUUAGAGCCCUGCACCCCACUCCAGUGCAUAGGGGAAGAUCUGUGUCCUCCAGAGGGCGCUCCAUCCUGUGAAAAGGCAGCAGAAUGUGUUGGCGCUCUUCCUCUGAGUCGCAGGGCAAAUGCUGAUGCUGAGGAUGUAAAAGAGCGAUUGGGGAGGCUGAAAAAAAAGAUCACAGAAGCAGCAGAGAAGCUCCAGAAAACACAGGAGAAAACCAAAGAAGUGAGACAGUCUGCUGAGAAGCUGUCUGACAAAAUAAAGCAGGCCAAAGAUGGGUUUGAAGAAGACCUGAAGGCGACACGUGGAGUGGUAAAGGAGCUCAAGGACUUCCUGUCAGACCCGUCCUCCAACCUGACCCAAAUCCAGGAGGUGAGUGACUGGAUACUGAAAGCCAAGUUGCCCCUGAGCAUUGCUGAUCUAAGGAAGAAGCUGGAUGAGCUGAAGGAUCUGGCAGCAAAUCUGCCGAACAGCACAGCAGUGCUAAAAGAGGCGGAGCCGCAGCUCGACAUGGCCAGGAAGCUGCUGCAGGAUGCUCAGGACACCAGAGAUGUUGCAGUGGGAGUGAAAGCUGAUGUGGAUGAGCUCCUAACAGGAUUCAGUAAUACUGAGGGCGCCCUUUCUGAGCUGGAGGACAAACUGCUGGAUAUCACAGAUCUCAUCAACAGCCUAAGCAGCAAUCUGAGUCUGUCUGAAGACUUGUUGAGUCCAGCAGAGAAGGCUCUGGAUGAAGCAUCAGCACUGAUUAAACCAAUGAAAUCCCAGCUGGAAGAUCUAAAGACUCUGCUGCAGGAUGCAGGCCAGCAGGCCCAAGAGGCUGAGGAAAAGGCAACUGAAGCUGAAGAGGAAGCAACUGCUGCUGAUCAGGAUCUGCAGAACUUGGAGAAACAGCUCGAUCGCCUCAGAAAAGAAGCACCCCCUGGAACGACAGCAGGGUCAACAGAGGAUCGUCUCGCCAAACUAAAGGAGGACGCUGCGGCUUUGACAAACACAACAGAGACGAUGACUCAGACUCUGGAUGGAAAAGCAGAUUCCCUCAGAAAACUACAGGAUGAAGUUCUUCAAAAGUCCAGCAAGCUUGAAGGGCUUGAUACUAAAGUCAAGGAGCUCCUGGACAAACUUCGGAAGAAAGCUCACGACUUGAGAGUGUGUCAGGGCUGAGAGUCCCCCCAAGCCCCCAUCCGUGCCCUCGUCGCCAAGGAUAAGUGUUGUAAUAGAAUGAGCUAGGAAAGAAUAUUUAACUGAUUUCUGGUUUAUCUGAUACAUCAGGUUAAUAUGUCAAAACUCUUUUUUUUAUUCUGUUAUUAUUUAAAAUAUUUUAAGUAUUAUUUGUGUUAAAAUCAGUUGGACAAAACUACAAUUCUCAUGAGCCAGAAAUCAAUCAUAUUUCAUUCAAAAGCACUUUAUUGAUACUGAAUGUGAGCGACAGCUUAACACUCAGUUUAAACAACUUGUUAGAUCUUUUAUGAUCAGCAGCUCCGCCCCCAUUGCAUCUAGCUCCGCCUCCAGCUAACCAUUAUCAAUCCUGAUGUUCUUUUUACUUUACGUUUUAAAAAUGUUUCCAUCCAUGUGCACAGAGGACGUGCCAGCUUAUCGUUUUUUAUAUAAUGGUCAACUGUUUUAAUGCCUUACAAAAAUCUUCUGAGGUCUUUUACCUACACGUCCGCCUGUUGACUGAUUGUUUACUUGUAAACAAUCAUAAGUGUCACUUUUUGUUUUAAUGGAAAUAAAAACCUGAUUCUUUUUGUA